UGCCUUCGUUUUCAAUUAUCAACACAUGUCCCGUCCAAUGUACGUAGGUAUUAAAAAUACGGCAUAAAGAUAAAUCAAGUUUUCGGAUAGGUAGUGAUCGCCGUCAAUACAUGCUGUGUUCUGCCAAAUAUCCACGCAAUUUCUUCGCCCUGUAUUUAUAUCGAUGAUUUAAUUGGGGGCAAUCAUUGAAUCAAUAUUUUGUCAGUAUAUUAUGUAAAAACAAUUGGAUAAAAUGGUACAAGUUGAUACGAAAGUAACGAUGUAACAGCUGUUCCAAGUAUGACAGAUCGUAUAUUGGGUGUUGCCAAGUGUUGGAAUGGAUUUAUAUAUGAAAGGAUUAUUAAGAAUUAUGAUAUCGGUGCUAUGAUUAAACGAGGAGGCAUACUAAACGAUUAAAGAGAAUGCAUAAACAGAAAUUAACGUGUUACACGUUCAAUGAUUUAUCGUGUGAAUGGGUUGUCGAGAAGAUUAUCUACGUGUUGAUAAGGUUAGGACAAACCUAUCAGCCAUGAAGACUCCCGUACCACAGCAUUUAAAUGGGAGUAAUGGUCAGAGUGUCGCGUCUGAAAAGACCGCAUCAUAUUUGAUAUCACGUUAUAACAAUCCAUCCAAUAAUUAUCAUGUUUUGAAAGUAGCUGGACGUGAUUCCAAUUGUUAUAUCGCCAAUAAUAUUGCUCCGAAAGUAGGGAAACAGCAAUUAGUAUCAUUGAAUGGUGAUUCUGUAAGUUGUAACAGUGUCAAUGUAAAUGAGGCUUUGGCAUGUGAUGUAGUUACUAUGCCAGCGGUAAAGACAAAAGCUUUAUGUGUACACAUUCGUGAAAAUAAAUGGUACGACGCUGGCAAUGUAGUUUCUGUAGGAGUGGCAGGUACCAGUCUCAGUCAUGCCUUGGAGAGUAUGUCUUUGGCUUAUAAUCCUACCACAAAACAGAUAUAUUCUAUGGAAGAGAACGAUGUGCAUUAUGACUGUAAAUCACAGUAUUUAGAAUCGCCAUGCAAUGGUAAAGAAUUGUCAGCCAGUAUAGUGUCAAAAAUUGAUGGAGAUAAAUAUAUGAAACUUGAAAGUGGCAGUGCAAAUAGUAGCCCUAGAAACAGUUUACCUCGUUCAUGUAGCAGUACAGUGUCUUCCCUUAGCGAAGUAUCACCUUCUGGGAGUUUCUUAGGAUCCGACGAACAGCACAUUGUUGUAGAUAAACAAGAAAAAUCAAAGCGCUGGGGAUUAAAUACAUUGUUUGCAAAAAAUGUCUUCUCUUGGAAAAAUAAAGGUUCUCAGCAAUCAACUCCUACGGGUAGCCCGUCGAGAAAUAUCGACAAAGUAGGAGGAAGUUUAGCUCUAAUACAACAGCCCAGACCAGCAAACUUACCUGCGAAGAAUGCUUUGGAGGAAGAACGUCAUCGUAAGCAAUAUACUGCAAUUUUAGAAGCUGCACGUAAAAGAGAGUUACGCGAGGAAAAAGAACGGAAACAACAAAGGGAACAGCAACUUAAGGAGGAAGAAAGAUUAGCAGAAGAUUCCCAUACGUGGAACGUUCAUGUUUUACCCAAAUUUGAAAGCGUUAAAGAUACAAAGAAAGUACGUGAACUGUGGUGGCGUGGUUUGCCACCAAGCGUGCGAGGUAGAGUUUGGAAAUUAGCUAUUCAGAAUAGUUUAAAUAUAACGCCACAUUUGUAUAAUCUUUGCUUGGACAGAGCAAUGUCUAAUCCAACAAAUGAAUCGUUAGCGGCGAUUAAAUUAGAUGUAUCUCGUACCUUUCCUACCUUAUGUGUCUUUCAAGAAGGUGGACCAUUAUCAGAUAGCCUUCAAGGUAUUUUGGCAGCCUACGCCGUUUAUAGACCAGAUGUUGGCUAUGUGCAAGGAAUGAGUUUUGUGGGCGCUGUAUUAUCAUUAAAUAUGGAGCCCUCAGAUGCCUUUGCCUGCUUUGCUAAUCUUUUAAACCAUCCUUGUCACAGAGCCGCCUUUACCUUGGACCAAAAAAGAAUGAAUGUUUAUUACAAGGUAUAUUCAAGCGCGCUUGCACAUAAGCUGCCAAAAAUAUUUUCUCAUUUCACAGUAGCUGGUCUUAGUCCAGACCUGUACCUGUUAGAUUGGUUGUAUACUAUAUAUGCCAAAGCAAUGCCUCUUGAUGUUGCAUGCAGGAUCUGGGAUCUAUUCCUCAGAGACGGCGAAGAGUUCCUUUUUAGAACGGCGCUCGGCGUAUUACAUUUGUAUCAAGAAGAAUUGUUGAAAAUGGACUUUGUACAUGGAGCGCAAUUUCUUACCAGAUUGCCUGAGAACCUUCAGGCAGAAGCUUUGUUUAACAGUAUUAGCCAAAUGUCUACUACUGUUGGAAAUACAACAUUCCAGCAAAUGUUGAUACAGUUUUCUUCAGUGUGAUUUUUUAGCUCUAUUUAAGAGUGAUUUGAUUUAGUUCAUAAUUGUACAUUGCACAGAAAAUUUCUCCUUUUUUAGUGAAUCUGAUGAAGAAUAGUGUGUGAAAAUUUUAAAUAUAUAAUGUAUUUAAAUUUUUAUGACGUCAAAGUGAGUAAUAAUGUUGCAUGCAGUAUGAAAGUAGUAAAAAUAAGCAUAUUAUUGUGUGCUUGAAUACUUGCAAGAAUCAUUCUCUUAUAUAUCUGUAAAAUCUGUAUAUAUAGGUAUAUGUAUAUUUGA